UCAGAGCCCGGGCGGUGGGGCGGUGAUGUCAGGGCUGGUGCUGAUGCUGGCGUCGCAGUGCAUUGUGGGCAGCUCCCCGCUCCGUCGCCGCCGCCGCCGCCGCCGCUGCCGCGGGAGGAAGAUCGGGGUCGGGCCGGGCCGGGCCGGGAUGGUCGGGGUCGGGAGGCCGCCGCAGCCGCUGCCGCUGCAGCCACCACCACUGCCAGGGGGAGCGGGCUGCGCCAAGCCGCACUGAGCCGCCCCCGCCCCCGCCCCGCCCGGGCCCCGGGGGAUGCGCCGCCCGGAGCCGCUGCAGCCGCAGCCGCAACGGAGACAGAGCAGGUAGAUGGCCCAAACCAAGCAGGUGCCACCAAAACCCCUCCCUCUGGCUGGCGGAUGCAGUGCCUAGCGGCUGCCCUCAGGGAAGAGGCCAACAUGAGUGGGGGAGGGGAGCAGGCCGACAUCCUGCCGGCCAACUACGUGGUCAAGGAGCGCUGGAAAGUGCUGAAGAAGAUCGGGGGCGGGGGCUUUGGGGAGAUCUACGAGGCCAUGGACCUGUUGACUCGGGAGAAUGUGGCUCUGAAAGUCGAGUCUGCCCAGCAGCCCAAGCAGGUCCUCAAGAUGGAAGUGGCGGUGCUGAAGAAACUGCAAGGGAAGGACCAUGUUUGCCGGUUUAUUGGCUGUGGCAGGAAUGAGAAGUUCAAUUAUGUGGUAAUGCAACUCCAGGGUCGCAACCUGGCAGACCUGCGCCGCAGCCAGCCCCGGGGCACCUUUACUCUGAGUACCACGUUGAGGCUAGGCAAGCAGAUCCUGGAGUCCAUCGAGGCCAUCCAUUCUGUGGGAUUCCUUCACCGGGACAUCAAGCCUUCGAAUUUUGCCAUGGGCCGCCUGCCCUCCACUUAUAGGAAGUGCUACAUGCUGGACUUUGGGCUGGCACGCCAAUAUACCAACACCACGGGGGAGGUCCGACCUCCUCGGAAUGUAGCUGGGUUUCGGGGGACAGUUCGAUAUGCUUCAGUCAAUGCUCACAAAAACCGGGAGAUGGGUCGACAUGAUGACCUGUGGUCUCUCUUCUACAUGCUGGUGGAAUUUGCUGUAGGGCAGCUACCCUGGCGCAAGAUCAAGGACAAGGAGCAGGUGGGGAUGAUCAAGGAGAAGUAUGAACACCGGAUGCUGCUGAAGCACAUGCCAUCAGAGUUCCAUCUCUUCCUGGAUCAUAUUGCCAACCUCGACUAUUUUACCAAGCCCGAUUACCAGCUGAUUAUGUCAGUGUUUGAGAACAGCAUGAAAGAACGGGGCAUCACUGAGAAUGAGGCCUUCGACUGGGAAAAAGCAGGCACUGAUGUCCUCCUUUCUACCAGCACGUCCACCCCACCACAACAGAACACUCGACAGACGGCAGCAAUGUUUGGAGUGGUGAAUGUGACCCCUGUGCCUGGGGACUUGCUAAGGGAGAACACAGAAGACGUUUUGCAGGGCGAGCAUCUGAGUGACCAGGAAAAUGCACCCCCUCUCCUACCUGGGCGGCCCCUGGAGGGGCUGGGCCCCAUCCCUCAUCCCACUUCCCAUCCAGGGGUUCCUGAAGCUGAGGUCUGGGAGGAGACCGAUGUCAACCGCAACAAGCUCAGGAUUAACAUCAGCAAAACACAAUGUGUGGUGGAGGAAGAUCAGAGCCGUGGAGUGGGGGUCCCCAGCUCCCCAGUACGUGCACCCCCAGACUCCCCAACCACCCCUGUUCGCUCCCUGCGCUAUCGAAGGGUCAACAGCCCUGAGUCUGAGCGACUAUCCACAGCUGAUGGGCGGGCUGAGCUACAUGAGAGGAGGUCUCGGAUGGACCUUCCGGGUUCCCCCUCCCGCCAGGCGUGCUCCUCCCAGCCUGCCCAGAUGCUGUCGGUGGACACGGGCCAGGCAGACCGUCAGGCCAGCGGGCGCAUGGAUGUGUCCGCUUCGGUAGAGCAGGAGGCCUUGAGCAACGCCUUCCGCUCCGUGCCUCUGGCGGAGGAGGAGGACUUUGACAGCAAGGAGUGGGUCAUCAUCGACAAGGAAACGGAGCUCAAGGACUUCCACCCGGGCGCCGAGCCCAGCACGUCGGGUACGACGGACGAGGAACCAGAGGAGCUUCGGCCGCUGCCCGACGAGGGCGAUGAGCGCAGGCGGCCGGGGGCCGGGGCCGAGUCCGCCCCAGUGCGGCCCAGAGGGCGCAGCAUGCAGACUGUGGCCGAGGAAGACCUUCGGCAGCAGCAGCAUCACUUGCAGGGUCAGGCAGAGCCUGCCCUACCUCCCACCCCGGGCAGCCCCUCACACUCCUCCCUGCACUCCGGACCCCGGCCGAGGAGGAGAGAGUCAGACCCCAUCGGCCCGCAGAGACAGUUGGAGGAGGACAGACUCUCUGGGCACUCCCUCCCGAGGUACAGCCCCCUACGACGACUGGCGUCCUCCGUGUUCUCCUCCUCCACGCUGGAGACGGAACAUUACCCUCACCCCGGCGGCCCCGGCUCUGGCUCCCUCAUUCAGCGCAGCCGCUCGGCCGAGAGCAGCCCCGUCCGAGCGCCCCACCGGCGCCACGCGCCCCUCGCGCCAGGCAACCACAGACUCAUGCCCUCGGUGCUCCGAAUCUCCAGGUCCCAGCUGCAGCAGGUGUUCUCAAUGUCUUCACCUUUUGAGGUGAAUGGCCUCCCUAGGGCUGUGCCCCUGAGCCUGCCCUACCAGGACUUCAAGAAAGACCUGUCUGAUUACAGGGAGCGUGCCCGCCUCCUGCACAGGGUCCGGACAGUAGACUUCUCCCAUGUCGUCCUCAGCGCCCCUUGUCAGUCUGUGCCGGCUCCCAUCCAGCAAGAGGUCAACGGGAAGGGCCAGGAAGAGGAUAAUGAGGAAGAGGAGGAAGAAGAGGAGGAGGAAGAAGAAGAGGAAGAGGAGGAAGAGGAAGAAGAGGAAGAGGAGGAAGAGGAAGAGGAAGAAGAAGCAGCUUUGGGACAGGUGCUAGGGCUGAGAAGUGACUCCAGCAGUGAAGUGAGUGAGAAGAGUACAGACAGAAGCCAAGAAGGAGCCCCAUCCACGUUACUUGCUGAUGACCAGAAAGAAUCUAAGGGUAGGGCAUCUAUGGCCGAUGGGGACCUAGAACCAGAGGAGGGGUCCAAGACACUGGUGCUCUUCUCCCCAGGUGACAUGAAGAAGUCACCUGUCACCAAUGACCUGGCUCCUGACCCUGACCUCGGCACCCUGGCUGCCCUGACCCCACAGAAUGAGCGGCCCCACCCUACAGGGAGCCAGCUGGAUGUGUCUGAGCCAGGGACACUGUCCUCUGUCCUCAAGUCCGAACAGAAGCCCCCUGGGGCUGGUACUGGGGUGGGACCAGCUGUAGGACCAGGGGGUGUUGUGGCGGCUGCCUCCUCACCCUUCACCAAAGUUGAGAGGACCUUUGUGCACAUUGCUGAGAAAACCCAUCUCAAUGUUAUGUCUUCCGGUGGGCAGCCCCUUCGGCCUGAGGAAGCCACCCUUGGCAAUGGAGGCCUGGGCCCAGAGGCCAUCCUGGAGAAGGGUAUUGCUGAGGAGAAGCCCUCUGUUCCCUUAGAAAAUGGCAGUAUUCUGUCUGGGCCAGAUGGAGCAGAGACAGAGAGCUGUGCCCUAUUGGUACCACCUGGGGAUACGCCCUCAGAAGUGGCUGGAGACACUCUGCCCAAUGGCCUUGCCCCCACCAACGGGAAGCCUUCCACCAUCCCAGCUGAGCCUGCUCUGUCUUCGGAGCCUGGGGUUCCAGAGAAGACAGUCCCUGUGGCCCCUGGAUCCCAGGCCCUCCUUGGCUCCCGACCCCGGAGCCGCAUCCCCAUCCUCCUCUCGGAGGAGGACACAGGCUCUGAGCUGUCAGCCUCAGUCUCGGCCAAAGAACGGUGGUGUAAGCGGACACGGCAGCCUGACCUCGCCCGCCUGGUGAUGGAGAAGAGGCAGGGCCGCCUCCUGUUGCGGCUUGCCUCUGGAGCCUCAUCCUCGGCUUCAUCCAGUGAGGAACGACGUCGGGCCUCGGAGACGCUGUCUGGCACGGGAUCCGAGGAGGAUACCCAUGACUCAGAUGACUCGGCCCCCAGGAAGGUGGAACGGGCUGUGGGCACGAGGAGCCGAAUCCCUCGGCCUGUCAGUGUCAGGACACCCACCCCAGUACAACCCAAAAGCGGGGGAAGUCCCCAGAGGACGCAACACCCUGGUGCCCCCAACAGCAUGGUCCCAUCGCCAGACACAGCCAUCACCAGCAGGCUCCAGCUGCAGAGAUCCCCUGGGCCUCCCGCCACCGCUGACCUCCGCGCCAAACAACCUCCUGCCCACCCCAGCCCUGGCUCUGCCCCAAGCCGAGCCAGCCCCCGCCGCCCCAGCCACGUCCCUCCCUCCCGCGGCCCAGGCCUCCCUUCUGCCAGACAUCUCAGUGCUUCCCCAAGGAGCCAGUCUCUGACCCGGAGAGAGAGUCCCUCUCCCUCCCACCAGGCGCGGCCAGGCGGCACCCUCCCACGGGGAGCACCCUUGGCCAGGGCCCAGCCUCAGACUCUGGGGCCCGGGAAGCCUGAAGGGCCCCCCUCUCCGGGGGGCUCCAAGAAAGGACCCAGAGGGAAACUCCAGACUUAUAGCCCGGCAACCAAAGGCAGAGCGGGGGCCUCAGGGGCCUCGGAGGGCAAAACCGGGGCCAGAUAAUGAUGCCUCGCUCUCAAUCCGGUCCGGCUGGGUAACCCCAACUCCCCCUUGGCCGGUGACACUGGAGCACCCCCCAGCACAGCCUUACAUGCCAGAUAUUUGAGCAGCCCACCGACUCCCUCCAGAGCACCCACGCAGGCACGCACCCACGCACACACACACACAUUGUGGUAAGCCCCAUUCCUUCCGUAAGCCACCAAGAGCCCUCGCUUCCUGGGCAAAAGGGGGCCCGGGGAGGCCCUGGCUCCUCCUCCUUCCCUGGUGGCCUUCUACUCUCCUCAGAUCCUCGCUGCCCCGGGAACCUAGGCCGGGCCGGCCGAGGAGUGAGGUCCAGGCUCCUCUGCUGCUGUCGGGAGCUGGAGGUGGGUCUGCUGGCCGCAGUGGUCCUGGGACCACCCCAGGAAUUUUGGGCCGCAAGGGGUCAGCCACGCUCUAAUUCCAGGUCCCCGAGGCCUCCCAUUCAUUCCUCCCCAGCCACAGCUUCACUCUUCACCUCUCUGUUCUUGGUGGGGAUCUCUCUUCCUGCUCCAUAGGUGACCUCCUCUUCUCUUUCUCUUUCCUAACCUCCUCCUUCCCCGGAAGGCUUCAAGUCCCAGCAGUGAGAAUUCCCUCUUCGCAGGGGCCAGGCCCACUGUCUCUGAGGGGUCAGCUAGUCUGCAUACCUUUUCCCCCAGAAAGGAGGGAGUGGGGCCAGUGGACUCCCCCAGUUGUCUGAGAGUGAUUGGGAUUAGGAAGAAAAAGGAAGCGAAAGAAAGCAGUGUGGGGAUAGAAGGGUCGGAUCCAGCUACUGCUCCAUAGCUGUUUCAAGUGACUCUGAAGAGGCAGGCUGAUUUGCUCUGGAUAAUGCUGUGUCCUCCCUCAGCAUGCUUCUACCCCAUCCCUGCCCCUCCAAGAAUAAGGGUGCCUCAUUAGGACCUGCCACUGCAGUCAGGAGCCAGGCAGCUCCCCAGGAGAAUCCUCCAGAUUGUGACCUGGCUUUGUGGGUGAGUACUUCAGGAUGCUAGGCUGGCAUGGACCUUUAACAAAGAUUUAAAUCCUUCUGGGGGUCACUUAGUCCAGCGCUCAGAACUGACCCUCUGUCCAGUUGUCUGACUUUAAUCCCUUCCUCGCCCCAUACACAGUGUAGCUGACAUAGCUGUACAUGGUGUGUUUCCAUUAGGUUAUCAAUCACCCAGGAAAUUUUUAAAAGAUGAAUGUUUAUCAAAUAUACAAUCAUAAAAGCCAUUUCUAUUGAUCAAACAAGCUUAAAAAAACCCUUAAAACCUACUUUAAUUUUUAAAAAUUAACAAACUUUAUUUAAAAAUAAAAAAUUAAAAGGAGGCAAAAAAUACCAAGUUUUAUGGCAUGAGGAUGUUCCUGGACACUAAAAUUUAAACUAAUUUUAAACAUUUACAAUUAAACUUUAUUUUAAAAUUUUAAAAGGCAGAAAAUACUAUUAAAAAAUAUUAGGAUAUGCCUAAUAGACAGCUCUCUCUCUCUGCCUUCAGUGGAGAGGGAAAAGUAUUGCUUCCUGUACUGUCUAUAUUAACUCUUAGAUUUGAAGACUACCCAAUUUAACAUGCACUGGUUAAAGCACUUACUAGGUACAAGGCAGAGAGGCAAGAAAGCCUGGGUUCCACUGCCCUCUGAUACAUCUGGCUGGGCGGCCCUGGCCAUGUCACCUUGUCCAUUCUCUGGGUUCCAGGAGCCUUUCUGAAGACUAAAGUUGCAGCUGUGUAUUGGUAGCAGGAGUUCCCGACCUUGAGUUUCUGGUAGCAAUGAAAUGGCAGGUGUAGAGAAUAUGUCUGUAUAUUUGUGCAUAUAUAGGUAUAUAAACAUGAAUAUACACACCCACACCCACAUGUAUUAUAUGUCUGUGUGGGGGAGGUAUAGGAGUGAGGCAGAGGGGUGAGCAGGGUUCUCUCAGCUGUCCAAGUCAGGCUCAAGCCUUUAAUUUUUCAGAACUGAUGGAUGCCCUGAAGAUGAGGUGAAAGGGAGGAAUCUAGCCAAAUUUUGAGAAUAUUUCAGUAAGUCAUUCAACAAACACUUACUAAGUGCCUCCUUGGUGCCCCACACUACUAAGUAUGCUGAGGGCACGACAAGUAGCUCACUAAUGCCCCCCUUCCUUCCUGUCCCCAGGUCUGUAGAGAGGGCACACUUACCCAGCAGGCCUGCCCAGACCCUCCCCCACCCCUUGCUUGUCCCAAGAGGGCCACCCUGACCCUCAAGUCUGGUGCCAUUUUCUCUGCCUCAAACCCAGUGCUAGAGGCAGAAGAGACUGGACAGUGGGGUACGCCCUCCCCGGCACCCUUCCCCACUUCCCGAGGGAGCUGUUCGCAGGAGGAGGGGUGUGGAAGGAAGAAGGUGGGCAGGGGAAGGGGAAGGUUAAAAUUGGCCUUCUUCUUCCACUCGGUCCUCACCCAGGCCAGGCAGGAGUAGCUCUCCUUUGAAGAGCUGAGGGUCCCAUCAGUCCCCAGGCUGCCUGAGCGUGGGGCUGAUCAGAUCUCCUCACUCCUGGCUCUCUGUUCCCCCGUCCCCUGAAUGCCAGGGAGACCCCCGGAUGCCACAAGGAGAGCUAAUCCCGCAUCCUCCCCCAACCUCACCCCUGCCCCUGGAGGGAGAACUGAGAAGGCGGCUCCCCUCCCCCCCCACUUAGACAGGUCUGGUCCAACCGGGGCUACCUCAGCCUGUACUAAUCAGUGCGUGGGAUGUCUUGGGGCAGGGUCUUACCUUUAGCUGGUGGGAAAUACCAGGCAAAAAGAAUGUAACCUCCUCUUCUCUCCCCCACCCCGCCCUCACUUCCUACAGUGCGCCUGAAGGACUGGUCAGACAAUCCCCUGAAUGAGGUGGGCGCUCUGGGGAAGAGGGGAGAGGGGCUGCCCGCCAGGCCUCUGCUCCAGAAUCAAGCCUGAGAAAGGGGGAGGGCUGUGGAGGUCCCCAAGUCCCCUUCCCCCCAGGUGUGCCCCAUCCUGGUCUCAGAAUAGCUCCACAGGCCAGGGUCAAGGUCAAGGCAGGCUGCUGGUAUGGUAUCUCAUCUUCAAGAGAGGAAUGCAGAAGCCAGGGGACCCCGGCGUCUUCUUUCCCUGAGAGAAGGAAUAGUGUUUGAGAGAGGGCAGACCCCCGCCUCCCUUCAGGGAUGGAACUUUCUAACAUUCUGGUCCAUCUGUACUCAAGAACUCUGAGGGCCAGAGGAGAUUGGGGAGUCGGGGUUCUCUUGUCCUUCCCCGGCAGGAAUGGCCAUCUUCCAGGAGUGUUUUCUAAAUUUCUCUCCUCAGAGAUCACUCUCUGCCAUUCCUUCUUGUCUGCUGGCCCUGCCUUCAGCCAGUGACCCCUGCCCCAUGCCCUCCGCCCCACCCUCAGACUGUGAGAGAGAAAAGCCUGGGAGAAGGAGCUCCUGGGAACUGUUGGCCAAAGGCCUUGGCUGGUCUUGUCCUUCGGUGGGGCCUGGGCCCCCUCAGGGCAGGGAGGGAGGGAGGCAGGACCACCGGAGACACCAGGUUGGUGCCAUGUGGGAUCUAUAAAGGAGGCCUGUGCACCCGGAGCCCGGGGGAGCUCAGGUUUAGGAAGAGGCUCUAGGGGAGGUAUAGGUGGCCACAGCUUCCACAUCAGCCAUCAGUAAUCAGCCAUUUCUAAAGGGACCACAACAAUGUGGCAAGUAGUUGGCACAGCACCUGUGUAUUAGACAGCCUUGGGUAAGGCAGCACCCUGCUCAUCCCGCUCCCAGGGAUGUACAUGAAGGAAUCUUGGGAGGGUGUCUCAGUCAUGGUCACCUCAACCUGCCCUUUAGAGGGGCGUUUCUAUCCCAGUCUGAGGCAGAACGAAUCAAUCAAAGGCAGAAAGGCAGAAAGAACCCUAAUCAAAGCUGUGGCUGAUCCAGGACACUCAGGAAUCUCCCUCCCUCCUCCCCAACGACAGAACCUCCUGUAUCUUCCCACCCAGUGCCCAGCCUGGUCCAACUCUCUAGAUUGGUCAACAGGGAGGAUGACCCCGGCACAUGCACAAAGCAUUAUGUCAGGCCUUGGCAGUGGGACGGGUAGUGCCAGCCCCCUCUCACAUACACUUAAAGCAUCUCUGACAAUCCAAACGUCCUGGGGGUAGGAUUAUCUCCCCCCUGCUGCCACCUCAGAUAUGAAUGUAAGGUCCACCUUGGGGCCAAAGCCUACCUAGAUCUGAUUCUUAAAGGAAGAGAGGAAGAGCCUGAGAGAGCCCUGAGACACCUGCUGACUUCCUCCGCCCAGAAUGUGAGCUGUCAGACAUACCCCGUCUUUUAGGGGUGGAAGGGGACGGGCGACAGGAAACUCAAGCAUCCUUAGCCCUCUGUCCCUCCCACUGGCCUCAGGCUUCAGCAGCACAGAAUGUCAUAAGGAGCAGGAAGGAAGGGUCAGGCUGGGCUGGUUUCGGCCCUCACUCCCCGCUUGCCCUCUCCCUCCUCCACCAGGAUCUGGAGCAAACCUUUCUAGGUCUCCCUUUUCCAAAAUGCCCAGCAGAGCCCUGCCUAUUGCUUCUCCCCAAGUAUCUCUCUGCCGCCGCCCAAAACCUGUAUCCCAACAAGAUUGGUCUAAUUGGUACCUACCCCCUCCUUCCUUGACACCCCUCCCUCCCAACGAGGUCUCCCCGGUUCAGAGUCCCUCCCUCCCGUUUCCUCCAUCACACAUAUGCCUUUCAGAAGGAAGAGCAAGCCUGCUUUAAUCUCAGAAAUGGGAUUUCCUCUUCAUAGUCCUCCCUCCCCCAGAAUAGAAGGGAAUCCCUCACCAACGCCCAGAUGGGCCCGGCUGGCCCCACACACACUUAGGGGAUGGUGGUUGUGUGGCAGACAACUCUGCCGACAUUCAAGGGACGGGUCUCUAGCCUAAAGUCCCCUGCUCCAAGGGGAGGUGGUGGGUCCCAAUAGGCUCCUGGGCCCUUCUCAACUCCCACUGUUUAGGGAUGUGUUGGAUCUGGGAGAAGGUUUAGCCGCCCUCCUCCGAUCUCUGUGUUCUGCUGAAGAAGCCACGGAAGAAUGUUUACACGCCAAACAGAAUGUAACAGUUCCCCAACACACACACACACACACACACACACACACACACUCACACACACUGCCUCCAGUCAUUGCAUGGCCUCUGUCCCACCUGCCUGGCCCUGCCCCCCUGCCCUGGCCUUGGAACGCCAAUGUGGCCCGUGCCCCCCCAGCAUACCCCCACCCCACCCCCAAGCCACUGUCAUAACUAGAGCGGGUCUUGGAAGGGAAGUAGCCAUGCCAUUAAAGCCUGUUGACCUUUUAGCUGGCCUGGACUCUCCUUCCCUGCAGGGGAACUGCUGAAGGGACCCUGGGCAGUACUCCCUGCUUCUGUUCCGCUCUCAGAGAAUCGAGUUGGAAGAGGGGUCAUCUGUUUCUGGAGGGGAGUGGGAGGUAAGGGCAUCUACUUGGGGCAAAGACGGGCAAAGGAGGCACAUGCCCCAGGGUCUAUUCUUUAUCUGCUCCAGAACCCAACUAGGUGACUAUAAAGUCCCCAUAAGUUCUGGGCCCUAGGAUGGGGGAGGAAAGAUAGUGAAGAGGAGAAAGGCUAGAGGUAAAUCUGCUACCUUAGUGUGUGCUUGCUUAUUUCUUUCCUUCUAAAAAAAUAAUCUCAACUUUGAUUUAUUUCAUCAGCAUAAGGAACUCCCCAUGUGGAAAUUCACUUCACAAUGACUGAUCAACACUCAUCCAUAAUUUAUAGUUUCUGGAGAAUUAUUGGGAAUGGGAGAAGUAGAGGGAGCACCUCUCUACUAAGAUGAUUAUUGAUCUGUCAUUCUCCAAUUCU